CAAAGAAGAAGAGGAGGAGAAGAAAAAGAGGAAAAGAGGAAGUGUGAGUUUAUAUUUAUAAAGAGGAGGAGAAUCAUGACUGCAGUAGCAGAGGGAAUCAACAGGUUAUACAUAUGAUCAGCAGUGCAGACAGUAAGACAGGUACAGGAGUACACAGUAAGAGAGAAGAAAGGCAAGAGAAGCUUCUGUGAUAGAAAGCAUGUCAGGAUGGUUGGCACUAGACUAAGAGUGUGUUACUGGCUCACACUGAUCUCAGGUUUGGUGGAGUGUUUGUGUUUCGCUGGCAUCCUGUUUGGAUGGGCCUCGCUGGUCUUUGUGCUCAAGAGCGAUGGUUACUUCAGCAACCUGUGCGUGAACAGCACAGUCAACGAGACCACUACCAAAGAUUGCACUAAGCAGGAUGAGCAGCUCUCCAUUAUCUUCACUAUAGCCUCCUUCUUGAACAACUUCUUGACUCUGCCCAAUGGUUUCAUAUUUGACCAUUUUGGCACCAUGGUGACCAGACUUCUUGGAAUAUCUGUCUACACCACCGGGACCUUGUUGAUUGCCUUCUCAAAUGCUGCACUGUCAGUCCUUCUCUACCCUGCGCUACCUCUUAUUGCUGUUGGAGGAAUACUUUUCUUAAUCACUAACAUACAGGUGGGAAAUCUCUUCGGAUCCCAUCGUUCCACUGUCAUCACUCUAUGUAAUGGAGCCUUUGACUCUUCCUCAGCUGUCUUCCUCAUUGUUAAGCUACUUUAUCAAGAUGGAGUGUCCCUCCGUUACUCGCUCAUCUUCUUGUCCUGCUGCAGUGCCAUUCAUCUUAUUCGCACCUUCCUGCUGAUGCCUCGCAGACACAUCCCUUUCCCUCUCCCUGAGAACUACACCUACGGGCUGAGAUGUGGCAGUGCCCAGACUUCUAGUGAGUCAGAAAAAGUAGGUGGCAAGGUCCAUAAGGGCAACAUCCAGAAUUAUGAAGCUACAGAGACUCUAGCUAACAAAGACAAAUCUACUAAGACCAACAAUCCAGACAUGCCAGAGCGAAGUUUCAAAAGCUGUGUUUUGUCUUGGUUAUUCUUAUGGCAUCUGCUAUGGCUGUCACUCAUGCAGCUAAGACACUACCUGUUCAUUGGGACUCUUAACCCCUUUCUCAACCGCCUAACAGCUGGUGACCCCGACCUUGUGAGUACUUACACAAAUGCAUUUGCCUUCACCCAGCUGUGUGGGAUAUUGUGCGCACCCUGGAAUGGGCUCAUCAUGGACCGGAAUAAAAACAAACCCAGGGAAAACGGCCAGAGUGAAAGUGAAGCAGACCAAAAGGCAACCAUAUUGUCUCUGUGUGUGACAGUGGUGCAGUGUGUACUCUUCUCCCUGUGUGCUGCCAUUCCUGUACUACCCCUCCAGUACCUCACCUUUGUACUACAGGUUCUCAAUAGAUCCUUCCUGUAUGGAGGGAAUGCAGCUUUCAUCAGUGUGGCGUUCCCUCCUGCACAUUUUGGAAAGCUGUAUGGAACAGUAAUGGCUCUCUCAGCGGUGGUGUCACUCCUACAGUAUCCCUGCUUCGCUAUCAUCAAUGGACCUCUUCAUGGAGAUCCAUUUGCUGUGAACGUUGCUCUGACCAUCCUGAGCUGUCUGGCCUUUAUCCAUCCCAUCUAUGUUUAUCUGCGCUGCCGGCGUCAAGCAGCUCAACGGGCCAAAGCUGAAAAAACGACCUGCUCUUAAUUAGAACAUAUCCAUAAAGGG